GGUGGCCCGAUGGCAAGUGUGUAGUAUCGGUCGGACUAGUCACUGGGCUGGCACUCUGCGCUCAGUGCCAAGCGUGACAGCUAACUCAGCUAAGAGAGGCUAAGGAGGCCUUUCAAAUAUGGCCCUCACCACAAGUCUACCCUGUAUUGAUACACUGGCAUUUCAACUCAGCCGACAUGGUCUUGACGAAAACCGCAAUGUAAAGCAAGGUUUUUACUACUCCUGGUCGGAACCUUUCGAUUUAGACUUUGCCGGAAGAGUGCAUAGUAAUCCAAAACGAAGCCGAAGCUUACCCAGCGCCCUUGUUACGAAGAGAAGGGAGCCAACACCUUUGACUGCAAACCAGACUCGUUUGCUUGGAUUGAAACGAGCGAAAGAAAACGACGAAAACAUCGAAUAUGCGUGCAAGGCAGGAGUCGACAUUCAUUCAACCAGUCUUUAUACAUCGCCAGGGCACCUAACUUUAUCAGUUAAUAAAUAUGCAAAUCAAUCAAACAGGCAUGGAGAAUCUUCGGACCGCGUUACAGACUCGGCAGAGGCUUCUGACGAUGAAGUAAGUGGAUUUUUGAUAAAUACUCCAACCAAUUCUGACAAUUUAUCACACCAAGUUACGAACGCGUCGCAAAAGUUAGUCCAUGGCAAAAUUCAAAACCCAGGAUUCUCUUCUCGCAAGCGCAAUUUGGACGAACAUGAGUACUCCAGUAACAAGAAGAGACGUCGGCCAAGGCUGAAUUUCGAAAAGAUGCAACUCUCAAGAAAUGUCACCGUUCCGGUUCCCAAAAGCGAUCCUUCAAUUUUUGAUAAGGUUUAUUUCAGGCCGAUAAUCCAGUUGAACGUGAAUGACUGAGGCAAAUACUGAUUCGACAUGACACGGGCGUAUACUACUGGUGUAUUUGCGUGGGAAAUACGGGCGACAGUGCAAAAUGACAAGCACAGGAUGGCAAUUCAUGAAGAGUAUCACUAGCAAAAUAGUCAAAUACGAAAUAUUAUUAACUAUAUGUUGUUUAAAACGGGGCGAAUGUUUUUUUAUUAUUAUUGAAACGUACUAUGUAUCUUAUUCCAUGUUGGAGAUCCAUCUGCUGGUUGACUGGUUCUCGUUGCUUCCACAGAGAAAAAAAAAUUACAAUUAUAAGAAGUUCAAGUUAGGCACGACCAGCAGCAAGACAA